GCGCAUGGAUCCGGGUCUAGGCACACUGCCCGUCGCUGUCCUGGAUGCUGCACAGAUUCAGACAGGAGGCUGCCGCAUCCCUCGGUUUCAACAUAUCGUACUUAACAGUGAUAGCUGCCACUGUGACAGCUUGAACUGAGGAGGCAGAGCUGCCGCACAGGAGCUGUUGUUUCGUGCACAGUGCCGGUGUAGAGAGCACGGGGGAGAUGGAGCGGUGGAAAGGCAGAGUGGCCCUGGUGACCGGAGCCUCGGUGGGGAUUGGAGCGGCGGUUGCCCGGGCACUGGUCCAGCAAGGCAUGAGGGUUGUCGGCUGCGCCAGGAAUGUCGACAAAAUAGAGAAGCUGGCAGCUGAAUGUCAGAGUGCAGGCUACAGCGGCACACUCAUCCCUUACAAGUGUGAGCUGUCCAACGAGGAGGAGAUCCUGUCCAUGUUUUCUGCAAUCAAGACGCUGCACAAGGGCGUGGACGUGUGCAUCAACAAUGCUGGACUGGCCCACAACGAGCCCUUGCUCAGCGGAAAGACGGAGGGCUGGAGGAACAUGAUCGAUGUAAACAUCUUAGCCUUGUCUAUCUGCACCCGUGAGGCGUACAAAUCAAUGAAGGAGAGGAAUGUGGAUGAUGGCCACAUCAUCAAUAUUAACAGUAUGGGUGGGCACAGAGUGGUGCCAAGUGCUGAUGAGCAUUUCUACUGUGCCACUAAAUACGCUGUGACUGCUUUGACCGAGGGGAUACGGCAAGAGCUUCGAGAAGCAAACACCCACAUCAGAGCCACAUGUAUAUCUCCUGGAAUAGUGGAGACUGAGUUUGCCUUCAGGCACCACAACAGUGAUCCAGAGAAAGCAGCUGCAGUGUAUGAGAGUAUCAAAUGUUUGAAAGCAGAAGACAUAGCCAGUGCAGUCACAUUUGUCCUCAGUGCCCCUCCUCAUGUGCAGAUUGGAGAUGUGCAGAUGAGGCCAGUAGAGCAGGUGUCAUAGCAGUGCAACAGGAAGCUGCAGGAGGAGCAGACAGACGGCAGCCAUGGUGACUCCUUAGCGACCUCUGCUGGGCAAGGGGGGAGGGGGGAUAAAACAAAUCAACUACAACUGUGUUGGAUCCGCAGGACGUUGGUCAAAGAGGGAGCCUUAAGGAGGCUGUGCAAGGAAACGAAGGGCGUGGACGCUGUAAACCACUACAAAAAUACUACUGAAUGCAGCAACCUGGUAUUUGUGAAUUGUUGAGCCCAGUCCUCAACUGAGCUGACUCCAAACUACAGUAGGAACAAAUAACAAUGGAGAGAGUUGCUGCUGUGCUAUGUGGUCAUAUGCACCACCAUCACUUCAGAGGGAAGAGUAUGCCAUUGAUUGCACAUGUUUUACGUUUCGUUUUUGUAGGUCAUAUGACAUAUCCUUUUCAAUUUAAAUGGAAAAAGUAAUUGCUGUUUAUAAGAAUGACUUUGUUAAUUUUUUUUUAUAAAUAUUUUAACUUUUAAUCAUAGUUAGAUGUGGUCUCAUACUCACUAACCAUAGACAAUACUAUGUCAUACUCACUGUAACUAACCAUCAACAGUCUGUCCAUCCCGCCACCUUUAGUCACAGUAUCUUGUACAAAACACAUUCAGUUAGCCCAGUUUGGCUCUAUCGCCACAUAAGCAAUCGGGAAAGGUAUAAAAGAGAGAUACCCUUGUCUGUUAAACACACAAGUUUCUACAAUCCACCGUUUUGCCUGUGUUAUUUCAGUUGUUCUGCACUUUGGAUUCAUUUAUGAGGAGUUACGAGAAGGAAACACUGGCAACUUAUGUAGGGGAAGAAACUAACUGUGUGCACAUGUAUACUCUAGAAAUGUGUCCCUUUCACUGGAAAGUUCUCCUUAUAAAAAAUUAAUAAAAACAAUUGCCCAAAAGUAAGUUAUGGUGUGUGU